UCUCUCCUCUCUCUCUCUCUCUCUCUCUCUCUCUCUCUCUCUCUCUCUCUCUCUCUCUCUCUCUCUCUCUCUCUCUCUCUCUCUCUCUCUCUAACCUCUCGUUCAAAUCACUCUUUCUGUCACACUCUCUCGGUCGUUUCCAAUCAGUAAAGAAAGAUCUCUGUCUCUCUCGGUUAUACAAGCUGUAGCUACAGAUGGACAACAACAAAAGGAAAGGAAAAGAGAUAUAUGAAGAACCAGAAACCGUCUUUACUACUGGAGAAACUAGUUCAUCUAGAGUCGAGGAAACUGAAGGAGACUACGAAAAUGUGGGGUCAGGAGCCUAUUAUGACUAUUAUGAUUAUGAGAGCUAUGAUCGUUGGGACUGGAGGGAUUACGAUGGUGUUCUUGGACCCGUAAUAGAUCAAAGAGAUCAAGCAACUUGUUGGGCAGUAGCGAUAGUGAGAGUGGUUCAAGCAUUAUUGAACAUUGGCGUCGUUGUUCCACAACAACUUGAGUUGUCUAUUCAACACAUAGUCAACCAUGUGAAUUUUGAUGCAGAAAGAGGCAUCAACAACAUCAGAAACGCCCUUAGUUUCAUGAAAUCAUCCGGAGUUUGCCUGGAAAGUCGAUGCAGAAGUCACGGUCGACAACUAGUGAGGAAGAACUGCACUCAUCAACAGCAUAUCAACUAUCACAAGGUGGAUGGCUUCACUCAUUUGACCGACUUUGAAGAUGCAGACCUUGAAGACAUAGUUAGGAGGCAACCUGUUAUUGGUCUCAUACCAAUCAAUGCCGAGUUACAUUACUAUGACUUUGGAAGAGACAUGAUAUAUCAACAUGACCGUACUACAGAUCCAGCUGACCCAGCAGUGCAUAACGUCCUUAUUGUUGGCUUUGGAAACCGCAACGGAAGACCUUAUUGGAUUGUGCAAAAUUCAUGGGGAGAAGAUUGGGGAGAUAGAGGAUAUGCGUAUGUGUAUCGUCAGCCAAUAAGUGGUCGCUCUAUCUCUCAGUUCACUGAAAUCAUUAUUCCUAACAAGAGAGAUCAUCCGAGACCUCCCGGACCAAAGAGCGGAGCAUGAUGGUUUAAUUUGGUCUCUCAAUCUCAUGCAUGCGUAUGAGAUUUUGAUCCUUUAGACACUGUGCAUGUUUGAUCUUUAAACUUUCAAAAGUCUUAUUGAAGAGACAUGGAUGAUCGUGAAUGAUGAUACUAUUUUGCAUGAAAAAUUUGUGAGAUCGUGCUAUUUGGUUUGACGACAUGAACUAGAUACUUACGCUUUGAUGUGGUCAUUGUGUCCUUUUGUAGAAGACAAGAAUAUGAACAGAAUAAUGUAACACUUUAUUCAGUCAGUUUUGCUUGACUAGUUUAUUAGAAACAUAAGAGAGAGGAGAGAUUUAGCUACGGUAUUUAUU